ACGUCCCUCAAGGCUUGGACGCGAGGAGGAGGUGGAUUCGUGCCAAGGAUACUAAUCUAGGGGAAGUGACACAGCACUUGAUAGUGCCAGAGUCGGUUCUACCUGAACCUCCAUUCCGCGCCUCCCCAGGAUGCUAUCUUUUCUUCCCACUUCAUCGAUUCCACCAUGAAUGCCGUGGACGCAUCGGAGCACUAUGCGACAGGCGCAAACGAGCCUGCUCCGUCCCUGUUGACGAUCGUCCUCGACACCAACCCCCAUGCCUGGGCCCUCCUAGAAGAUACACUGCCUCUCUCGAAAGCAGUGGCAAACAUUCUUGUGUUCAUUAAUGCACAUCUCGCCUGCAAUUAUGCAAAUGAGGUCGCCGUUGUCGCUUCACACAGCCAGCAAGCGGCUUGGCUCUACCCGUCCCACGGGCAGCAGGCCAAGAUAUCCGCUGACGCAGACGGAGACAUUGUCAUGAAUGGUGGUUUGGAAGAUGGCUCCAGUUCCCGCUCGGCCGCGGAAGCCAACAAGUAUCGACCGUUUCGUGUUGUCGAGGAGCAGGUCACACGAAACCUCGAGGAGUUGCUCGCGACGACCAGUGCAUCUGAUGUGAGCUCGACGACCUCCACCAUGAUGGCGGGUGCUCUUACAUUGGCGCUCACCCAUAUCAAUCGUCAGACUCUUGCAUGGGCCGAAGCUCACGGCGCGGCGAAGCUCGAUGCCUCGACGGCAACAUCAGCAGAGCUCGUACCGGGGGGGAAUGGCAGCGGCACGUCGGCAUCAGGGAACAGUGCCACCGGACUGCAGUCGAGGAUUCUGAUUAUCUCAGUCAGCAGCUCUACAGGUUCUGCGCACCAGUACAUUCCUAUCAUGAACGCUAUCUUCGCGUGCCAGCGGCUUCACGUUCCAAUCGAUGUCUGCAAGCUCAGCGGCGAUGCUGUCUUCUUGCAGCAAGCUUCAGAUGCGACGAAAGGCGUGUAUAUGUCAUUGACAGAGCCGCGCGGUUUGCUCCAGUAUUUGAUGAUGGCAUUCUUGCCUGACCAACGGUCUCGGUAUCAUCUGGUGCUUCCAUCACGCGUAGACGUCGAUUUCCGUGCUGCAUGUUUCUGCCAUCGUCGUGUCGUGGACGUAGGCUUCGUUUGUUCUAUUUGCCUCAGUAUUUUCUGUGAACCGCCCGAGAAUGGUGAUUGUCUGACCUGUGGCACUCAUCUUGAGUUGGGUGACUACGGUGCUAAGCCUGCGGUGGUUGCACGUAAGAAAAAGAAAAAGAAGACUCGCGCAAAUGGCACUCCCGGUGCAAGCACGCCCACGCCAGGAGCUACGCCUGGCCAAUGAGUCUUUCCAUGAUAUCCAUGCUUUAUGGACUCUGACCAUACCAUACCAGUAUGUCCCUCCACUAUGACUUGACGGUGACAUGGG